UAUAUAAAAGUGAGAAUUACAUCAGUUAUCAGCUGUAAUGCUUGUUAAUAAACCUUUUGCAGUAAUUAAUCAUUUGAUUGUAAUUCUCCCUAUAUUUAUAACACGAUCACAAAAGUACUGCAUAAUUCAAAUCCAUUCCACUAAAGUAGUCCACAAAGAAAGUAUCAAUAAUGAGCUCCUUCAUGUUGUAUUAUGCUCUUGUUUCUCUUGCUUUCUUCUUCACUCUCAAGCUCCUCCUUCAAAGCAGAAAGUUCAAAAACAUACCCCCUGGUCCGUCUUCUCUUCCCAUACUCGGAAACCUCCACCAGCUCAAAAAACCACUUCAUCAAGCCUUUCACAGAAUUUCUCAACGUUAUGGCCAAAUCUUUUCUCUUUGGUUUGGCUCUCGUCUCGUCGUCGUCGUCUCAUCUCCGUCCGCAGUCCAAGAAUGCUUCACCAAAAACGACAUCGUCCUCGCAAACCGGCCUCGCCUUCUCAUCGGUAAGCAUAUCUCUUACAACUGCACCACCGUAGUUUUCGCUCCCUACGGCGACCACUGGCGAAAUCUCCGCCGCAUCACGGCGCUCGAGGUGCUCUCCACGCACCGUCUCAACAAGUUCUUGGAAAUGCGCAGAGACGAGAUGAAGCGUCUGGUGCAGAAGCUUGCUCAAGACUCGUAUAAAGAGUUUACAAAGGUAGAGAUGAAAACAAGGUUUUCAGAGAUGACCUUCAACACUAUCAUGAGAAUGAUUUCAGGGAAGAGGUAUUGGGGAGACGACUGUGAGGUUGGGGAUGUGGAAGAAGCGAGAAAAUUCAGAGAGAUGAUAAAAGAAUUGGUGACGCUCGGAGGGGCAAAUAAUGCUGGAGAUUUCUUGCCCAUACUUAGGUGGUUUGAUUCAGAUCACUUGGAGAGGAAGCUCAAGAGUUUUGGGAACAGACUCGAUGGGUUCUUGCAAGGUCUGAUUGACGAGCAUCGAAAUGCAGAGCAGAGAGCAAACACUAUGAUAGAUCAUCUUUUGAGUUUCCAAGAAUCACAACCUGAGUACUAUACGGAUCAGAUUAUCAAAGGCCUCGUUUUGGUCUUACUUCUCGCUGGAACAGAUACAUCAGCUGUGACUUUAGAGUGGGCAAUGUCUAGUUUAUUAAACAAUCCUAACGUAUUGGGAAAAGCAAGGAAAGAAAUAGACUCACAUAUUGGGCAAGAACGAUUUAUAGACGAGCCAGACACUUCAAACCUACCAUACCUUCAAAGUAUCAUCUCUGAAACACUUCGACUGCAUCCUGCUGCGCCAUUGUUGGUCCCACACGAGGCUUCAGCUGACUGCACAAUUGCAGGAUAUAACGUUCCACGCGGCACUAUAGUAUUAGUGAAUGCUUGGGCCAUCCAUAGAGAUCCCCAACUGUGGGAUGAUCCGGCAAGUUUCAAGCCAGAGAGGUUUGAGAAGGAAGGAGAAGCAAGCAAGCUAAUUCCAUUUGGGUUGGGAAGACGAGCAUGUCCAGGAGCAGGAUUGGCUCAGAGAACAGUGGGAUUGACUCUUGGAUUGUUGAUUCAGUGCUUUGAAUGGGAACGAGCGAGUGAGGAAGAAAUUGAUAUGACAGAAGGAUCAGGACUUACCAUGCCAAAACUUGUUCCUUUAGAAGCCAUGUGCAGAGUGCGUCUUCCAAUGAACAAGCUUCUUUCUGAAAACAUUGCAAAGGAUAGCUAAGGAAUUGUAUCUGGGCGUAGAAUUGUGGAAAUUAGUUUCUUGCAAUAAAAUGUGCAUUUUUAGUAUUUGAUACAAUCUAGUUCGUUUGCAAUCAGUGAAGAAGGGGAACAUCUAUAUAUAUAUAUAUAUAUAUAUAUAUUUAUAUU